AUGCCGUUGCACAGCGGCAGCGCCACCCCCUCCCCCUCCCCGACGGCAAGUGCGAGUGCCGCUUACCACAAGCGCGAGCGCGAACGCGAGCGGGAGCGGGAGCGGGAGCGAGAGCGUGAAAUGGAAGCAACACAGGGAGCGGGCGGACAGUCGCCGCCAUCGCAUCAUGCGCAUCCGGGUCCGCCGCCGCACUUUGGCCAGCAUCCGUUGUCGAUGCUGUCGGGGCAUCAUCAGCAUCCGAUGCACUCGCAUCAUGAGCUCUCCUCGGUGGCAGCGGCCGCUCAUCAUGCGCAUGCAUUGGCCCGUGCCGCUUCGCCGCUGGAGCGCCACCAUCUGUUGCAUCAGCAUCAUCGGCGCGCCUCGCUCUCGCCGUCGUCGGCGGCCAGCGGCGGCGGUGGCCGUGGCGGAUCCGCGGCCAAUGCGGCCAACAAUCUGCUGUCGUCGUCGCGAGCGAAUGAUGUGGCACAGGCGAAUCGAUUGCUGUUGCCGCUGCCACUGAACGCGUGUCAUCGCUGUGACGUCUGCGGCAAGCUGCUGAGCACGAAGCUAACGCUGAAGCGCCACAAGGAGCAACAGCAUCUGCAGCCGCUGAACAAUGCUGUAUGCAAUCUGUGCCACAAGGUCUUCCGCACACUGAACUCGCUGAACAACCACAAGAGCAUCUACCAUCGACGCCAGAAGAAUCAUCAUUCGUAUUUCCAUCACAGCACCGGGGUCGUCGGACAGGCGGGCAGCCCGGGCAGCCGGCUGCAUCAGUCGCUCAGCUCGCUGACCGCUGCGGCGGCUGCCAACAGUAGCGUUGGCGGUGGCGGUGCCGGUGGCAAUGCUGUCGCCGCUGCCGCGGCAGCCGCUGCGGCCGCUGCUGAGCUGCUGUUGUCGCCCAUUGUGGGCGCCGCAGCAGUUGCCGGCGGUACGGCAAGCUCGACGCUGCAGUUGGCGGCGGCCCAUCAGCAGCAACAGCACCAGCAGCAGCAGCAGCAGCAGCAGCAGCAGCAACAGCAACAACAGUCGUCGCCCAACAUGGUCAAGCCGUGUAUAGACUUCUUAUAA